AUGGCACCAGUCGCAUCCACUUCAAAGGCCCUCGUCUACUCUCCCUCUCCCUCUUCUUCGUCUUCGAAUGCCACCGAGCCCACCGCUUCCCCUGCGACGACCGAAUCCACGGGACCGCUCGCACUCGGCGAGCCAGAGCCAGCCGAUGGAACCGACGUCGACGACCAUCGCUCGUGGCAGGUCGUGCUCGUAACACCGCAGAAGAAGCUCGUCAUUUACAACACCCAUCGCAACUCGCUGCAUGUCGCAUCCACACGGCAAUGGGCUGAGACUCCCGACGAUGCGGAGACUGUAGUAUGGGAUGACGAAGAAGGCGUGGAACACUUCCAUCGCACCGACGACGAUGAGGACGACGUGGAGGAGUCGGGGCAGGAAGGGGCGAAGCCAACGAUGACCACGACACGCAAGACCACACGGAGUAGGAGCUUCAACAUCAGAACUGUUUGUCCACUCUGUCAUCGGCCCUUCACCUCAGACUCCAGAGGCAAACGAGACGAUCUGGGGAGGGCGAACGCGACGACAGCAAGUGGGGCCCAAUUCCGAUUUGGCCAACCCCACGCCACCGAACCGAGGCUCGAUCUCAUACAAGGUCGGAAUGCAAGGAAAGACUCGUCCUACUUCGCGCUCUUGUCCCAUGCGACCUCGAGAACGAAUUCUCCUCGCGUCACCGCCGCUUCGGCCUCGGCUCGAGCGGAACAGGCUGGCCAGCAGAGUGGGGGAUCGGUCACGCCCGAUGGGACGGAAAGGUUGCAGAAUUCGACACUCAACACGGGCUACUUUGAGAGCUUCUUCGAGCCGUUGCAACUGUUGGGCAAAGGUGGGGCCGGCAGUGUAUGGCUCGUUCGGCAUGUCCUGAAUGGAGAAGCACUCGGCUUGUACGCUUGCAAGAAGGUCGCGGUUGGCAACUCGGCUCCCUCGUUGUGAGUGGCGUGGCUCCAAUCAACCACUCGAACUUGGAUCACUGAUUGGAUUCCGCUCUCCUUCUAAGACUCUUGAUCCUGCGUGAAGUGCAUCUGCUCGAGGCUGUCCAGCAUCCGAAUAUCGUCACUUAUCAUCACGCAUGGGUCAGUUUCUUAUCGGUGAGGCGUUUGGUACACAAUGCUGACCCUCUGCAUGUCGUCAUUCUCGUAGGUCGAGUCGGCCCAACUCUCCCUCUACUCCCCACCCGUUCCAACCUUGCACAUCCUCAUGGGCUACGCGAACGGUGGAUCACUUGCCUCCUUCAUCGAACGACGGCGAGGCUCCAGUUCUUCGCCGGAGGACGGGACGGGCGAGUCACCCGCUCAGCGCAAGGAGCGACAUCGCUUACGGAAACUCGGCGCGGUACAUCUCCUACGUGUGGACGAGAUCGUGCAGCUGGCGAGGGACGUGACGAUGGGGUUGGGCUUUCUGCAUCAACGCAAUAUUUUGCAUUUGGAUCUCAAGGUAAAACCCGAGUAUCGCUUGGGGCCACAUCCGCGGAGCGCCCUCUGACCGAAGAAAGUUUUUACAAUACUUUCUACAGGCUGAGAACGUUCUGCUGCACUGGGAGGAAGAUGCACUCUUGCCGAUUGCGAAAUUGAGUGACUUUGGGAACGCUACCAGCGACAAGUGGAAUCGGGAGCGCAGUGAGUGACCAGCAGUGCAUUCCCAAGUAUGUCAUUUGAGCGUCGGUCCCACUGAAAAUUGCGUCCUACUCAUGCAGCUGGAGGUUCGGGAACACUGAUGUACACCGCACCGGAGGCAUUCGAACUCGACUCGAGGGGCCGGCUGCACACCGCGGAUCGGGCGACGGACCAGUGGGCUCUGGGGCUCAUCUUCCACUUGAUGAGCUUCUUCACACUUCCAUAUCGGAACCAGGAUGAUACAAAAAAGCUCGAGGAGGAGAUCAAGGCGUACCCCGGGUGAGUGCUGCAAAUUUUGCAGUCAAUAGCUUGCGCGGGAUGAGCUCAAUCACAUACGCACUGGUGACUGCGCUAGAUUCUUCCCGCACGAUGCCCUCACACUCGACCAUGGGAAUCGUCACGACUUGCCCGCUUCUUUGCUUUUUCUCACGAGCUGUCUCAUCCAUCGCUUGCCGGGGGAGAGGCCGAGCUGCGAGAGAGUCCUCGUCGCUCUGGGAGAGAUCGACAGGGGUGAAGGCGACGACGAUGCCCAGGACGACGAUAAACAUGCAAGCGCGCAGUUGGGUUUGGUCAAGUCGUUGACGCCUCCCAGUAAGGCACCUAUCGGUAUCAUGGUCAGUGUUGAUAUGUUCAGUGUAGGUUCCACCACAAUUCCCGAUUGACGAAACUGCCUCUUUUCCACGCAGCCCCGCCGCAAGCUCCUGUCGGCACCCUCUUCUCAGUUGAUAAGCGUCGAUCUGGCCAGCACCAAGCAGAUAGGACAGCAAGUACAGCAACCUUCUGUGGUUGAGUUGUCGCAACGAUCGGCCCUGGGGGUGAUUGCCUUUCAGGUCAGUCGCCGUUUUCGCAGCUGCGAUGGCGAAGACAAGGGCAAUACACUGAAUUUCGUACCAUUUCCCGCCCAUCAGGCGUUAUCUCUCGCUUUACUUUCUCCCUCCAGCUCAUAUUUCAGCAUCAGACAGGUGCUCGCGAUCGUCGCAGGGGUGUUGGCCGAGGUUUUGGUGCCUCGGGCGGCAGUUUUCGUCAGCGUCAGCUUGCUCGGUGGAUUCGUAGUUCGUGGUUGGUAG